CGCAGCAGUUGCCCCUGGUAACGGGGAGGCAGGAGGAGGAGGAGGGACUCGGCGGGAGGAUGGGCUUACUCUCAAUUUUGCGCAAAUUGAAAAGUGCACCGGACCAGGAGGUGAGAAUCCUUCUCCUGGGCUUGGAUAAUGCUGGCAAGACUACUCUUCUAAAACAGCUUGCAUCUGAAGACAUCAGCCACAUCACACCUACACAGGGUUUUAACAUAAAAAGCGUACAAUCACAAGGUUUUAAACUGAAUGUAUGGGACAUUGGUGGACAGAGGAAAAUCAGACCAUACUGGAGAAAUUAUUUUGAAAAUACCGAUAUUCUUAUAUAUGUAAUUGACAGUGCAGACAGAAAAAGAUUUGAAGAGACGGGUCAGGAACUAGCUGAAUUACUGGAGGAAGAAAAGCUAAGUGGUGUGCCGGUGCUCAUCUUUGCAAAUAAGCAGGAUUUGCUCACAGCAGCCCCUGGCUCUGAAAUCGCUGAAGGACUUAACCUGCACACCAUCCGUGACCGAGUCUGGCAGAUCCAGUCUUGCUCUGCUCUCACAGGAGAGGGCGUUCAGGAUGGCAUGAACUGGGUCUGCAAAAAUGUCAAUGCAAAGAAGAAAUAAAAUCUAGACGAAUGGAGAUGCAGGAGCUGCGGGAGCCGAAUUCAGUCCUGAAAAACACUAAUUUGCUGCUUUCUGACCAAAUGUUUUUCCAUCUGUGUACAGCUACAGCUGUUUGAAGGGAGGGAACAACACAGUUUAAAAAGAAUCCCCAUUCCAGCAGUAGAUUUAACUGAUCUCUGAGGUUCAGUAUCAUUUUUCAA